UUUAUCUCUCAUGCCCGUCGUCCCAUCCUGGCAAAUGAUCUUUUAACAAGAACCCCGGGACAAGGUACACAUUAGACUUAUUGAAAUUAAUUCCGAUAUUAAGUUCUCGCGGCGACUUCCCGCUGGCCUGUCGGGAUAGCCAGAUGAAUCGUGUUUGGCCACUCAAGGUGAAUAGUACGGUUUCAAGUCAGGAUAGGACUCCACGUGGAGCUGGUUUUGUCAUGAAAGCAUGAAGGCUUUCAAAUUAAGACUUUCAGGAUGGAAGUUUCAAAACACUUUCAAAGUGGGGAUUUGAGUGAGGUUUCAAAGAAGUCUUAAGUUUCAAAGUAUUGUUUAGGGUUUCAAGCUACAAGAUAAAAACUGUGCACGUCAGUGGAGAUUAACGGCCUUCAACGAGCGGGACUCAAGAGGCCAUGAACCUCAGCAUAAAAAUUGCGAUAAAGGCUACUGAUAAGAUAAAGCCACAAACUUUGUCCGCAAACAGAAGGUCUGACACUUCGCAAAAGUCGUCCCGAGCCGCAACAGCGCAAACUUUCGGAAGCAUGCUGGGGACAGCCGCCGUGUGGUUCCUGUGGGGGGCCUCUUGUAGCCUGGGGGCCCCAGCCGGACCCCCCAGGCAGAAGGUCCUGCUGGUGUCCUUCGACGGCUUCCGCUGGGAUUACGACCGCGACGUGGACACGCCAAACUUGGACCGCAUGGCCCGCGACGGCAUCAAGGCCGAAUACGUGACACCGCCGUAUCUCACCAUCACCAGCCCGACGCACUUCACGCUCCUCACCGGUCGCUACAUCGAGAACCACGGUGUGAUCCACAACAUGUGGUUCAACACCAGCAGCACGGAGAAGAAGCCGUACUACCAGACGCAGUUUGUCAACGAGUGGUGGGACAACGGCACGCUGCCCAUCUGGAUCACGGCGCAGAACCAGGGCCUCAAGUCGGGUUCUCUUCACUUCCCCGGCACAGCGUCCAGCUACCGGGGCCAGACGGCCAUGGUGCGCGAGGUCGAACCACUCCUCUACAACUAUAAGAACGAGACGGCUUGGCGCCAGAAUGCCGACAAGGUGAUGGGCUGGUUCCGUGACCAAGAUCUGGACUUUGUGUCGCUGUACUUCGGCGAGCCGGACGGCACCGGUCACCGCUACGGCCCGGACUCGCCUCAGCGACGGGACAUGGUCCGGCAGGUGGAUCGGACCGUGGGCUACAUCCGGCAAUCGGCGGAGAACCACGGACUAGGCCACGUCUUGAACAUCAUCAUCACCUCCGACCACGGAAUGACCACCGUGUACCGGAACGGACUGGUGGAGGAAAUCACGCUUUCCAAGAUUCCGGGCUUCUCCUUCCGGGACGUGUCCUUCCACCUGGUGGACUUUGGGCCUUCGGGGAUGCUGCUGCCUAAGCCGGGUAAGCUGGAGAAGGUGUACCAGGCCCUGAAGGGGGCGCACCCGCACCUCCACGUCUACAAGAAGGAGGAGAUGCCCGAACGGCUCCAUUUCGCUAACAACGACAGAAUCCUCCCCAUCAUUCUGCUGGCCGAUGCGGGUUAUGUCAUCAAUGGGUACUUCCCAGUGCAGUUCAACAAGGGCGAGCACGGCUUCGACAACCACGAGAUGGACAUGAAGGCUUUCUUCAGGGCGGCGGGGCCGGCAUUCCGUAAGGGCCUGAAAGUGGGCCCCUUCGAGACAGUCCACAUCUACCCACUCAUGUGCCACAUUUUGGGCAUCCGACCCGAGGUCAACGACGGCCACCUGGAUGCCACCAAGGAAAUGCUGCUCAACCACACCGGCCCGGACAUAGAAGGUGGCAAACGUGUAAACAUGGUUGGGAAGGCGUUCACCGGUUUGGCUGCGAUGGCUGGAUUUCUUCUCAUCGUUUUUGUCUCUGUUGUGGCACACAGAAUGUUCAUUGACAGACGACACAAAAGAUCUGAAGAACUGACCAAUCCUGCAGAGAUGAUUGAACAAACUUCAUUUUGAGAAAAAACGUCAUUAAUUGAGUGUUUUGUUGUAUAUGUGGGAGUGUAUAUAUGUGCUGAACGAAUGAGUAAUUUAAUAAAUUGUGUUAAACGGAACAAGAAACAUU